AGGAAAGAGGCUGGACCAGAAAAGAAAGCAAAGCCAAUGUGAAAUAUUGAAUGAAGAUAGUGGACAAUUACUACCAACUUGUUCCCAGUCUGAAUUGUACAGUCUAAGCUGGAACUGCCACGUGAAAAUGACACAGCAAAUGCAGAACUUGAACCUUUCGCAGACAAAAAAGAACAGUGGGCCGUCUUCUCCGAAUGCUGCUAAACGACUGUAUCGCAACCUCUCUGAGAAGCUGAAGGGAAGUCACGCAUCUUUUGAUGAGGCGUAUUUCAGGGCCAGAUCAGAUCGACUCAGUCUCCGCAAGACUUCUGUGAAUUUCCAGUGCAACGAAGCUAUGUUUGAGGCGGUAGAACAGCAGGAUUUGGACGCAGUUCAGAUUCUCCUCUAUCAAUAUACACCAGAGGAGCUGGAUCUAAACACACCGAACAGUGAGGGAUUAACUCCCUUGGAUAUUGCCAUCCUGACAAACAACGUGCCUAUCGCUAGGAUCCUUCUGAGGAUUGGCGCAAAGGAAAGCCCGCACUUUGUUAAUAUGGAAAGCAGGUCAAUGCAUCUGAGCACCUUGGUCCAGGAAGCCCAGCAGCGAGUGAGUGAGCUGUCUGCACAAGUGAUGAGUGAAGGUCUUAGUAUGGACAACACAGACAAAGAGAAGCAACUAAAAGCGUGGGAGUGGAGAUACAGGCUAUACAAGCGCAUGAAAGCAGGCUAUGAGCAUGCCAGAGCCCCUGAGGCGCCAACCAAUGUCUGUUUCAUGGUAACAAGCAGCACAUCACUCACUGUCACCUUCCAAGAACCUCUUAGCGUCAACUCGGCUGUAGUGACCAAAUAUAAAGUGGAAUGGAGCUGUUCUGAAGACUUUUCUGUUUUGGCUGGGGAAAUAAUCAUGGACAAUCUUCAGUCUUUGAGAUGCACCAUCACAGGCCUCAGAAUGGGCCAAAGUUAUCACGCUCGUGUGUCAGCAUACAACAUGAAGGGAUGGGGACCUUCACAGACUACCACUCCUGCCUGUGCUUCUCCUUCUAACUGGAAAGACUGCGAUGGCAGAGAACCUAGACACUGGGGACAUACUGAAGCCCUGGAACGUCUCCUUCAGCAGGUUCGAGCGGCUCAUCAGCAUUACAGUUGCCGAGAAAGUUCUAAACUACAGAAUGCUGGUCGCAAGCAAUCAGUCUCCAGGAGCCUGAAGCAUCUUUUCCAUUCUUCAAACAAGUUUGUGAAGACUCUGAAACGUGGACUCUACAUAGCUGUCAUAUUUUAUUACAAAGACAACUUGUUAGUAACCAAUGAAGAUCAAAUCCCAAUUGUGGAAAUCGAUGACUCUCACACCAGUUCCAUUAUGCAAGAUUUUCUGUGGUUCACAAAGCUGUCUUGUAUGUGGGAUGAUAUCAGAUGGCUGAGGCAGAAUAUGUCCAUAUCCAUGUCCUCAUCAACAGCACUUCAAGCCAGGCAAAAGAUGGUUUCAGCAACUGCACAGUUACAGAACUUGCUGGGAACUCACAACUUAGGCAGAGUUUAUUACGAGCCCAUCAAGGACAGACAUGGCAAUAUCCUGAUAGUUACGAUAAGAGAAGUAGAGACUCUCUAUUCGUUUUUUAAUGGCAAAUGGAUGCAAAUAUCCAAGCUACAAAGCCAGAGAAAAUCCCUUUCAACUCCCGAGGAGCCAACGGCAUUAGACAUCUUGCUCAUAACAAUCCAGGACACACUUUCCUAUCACAAAAGAAGCCAGCAGCGCCUCCCUCCUGGCUUGUAUCUGGGUUACCUGAAACUCUGCAGCUCCGUAGAUCAAAUCAAAGUCCUCGUACUGCAAAAGCUGCCCAACAUUCUGUGUCAUGUUAAAAUCCGAGACAACAGCAAUGUUUCCAAAGAUGAGUGGGAAUGGCUCCAAAUGCUUUCUGGCUUGGAAUCGGUGGAAAGUGUGGAUCAUGCUUCAGACUGCCCUACUCCGUCGUUCUUCUAUGAGCUCCAGAUGGCAGUGAAAGCUCUCCUCAAACAGAUCAAUCUACCUCUGCGACAGGCUAAGCACUUCCGUCUGUAUACACAGGAGGUGUUGGAACUGGGUCACAAUGUCUCCUUUCUUCUCCUGCUCCCCGCCUCAGACGACGUCUGCACUGCCCCAGGACAGAAUAAUCCUUACACCCCACAUUCAGGAUUUCUUAACCUCCCUCUUCAGAUGUUUGAACUCGGUAUAGUAGCUUGCUUCACCUAG